AUGAAAUUCUUUAAAAUCUUCAAAUCCAAACCCUUUAGUCUUCGAACUUUCAAUUCCCUCUCCCUUCCCACAAUCGUUUUACCAAUCACAGAAUCCGAACUUCUAAAUUCCAUAGAAUCUUCUCACUGGCAUUUCAUCAAACAGGCUGCGCCACACUACACUCCCUCUCUUCUCUCCCCAACUCUAACCUCCCUCCACCACAAACCCCAACUCGUCCUUCAGCUUCUAUCCCAUCUCAACGGCCAUUCCCUCGACUUAACCACCUCUUCUCUUGCUGCUUGCAUCCUCUGUCGCCUACCAUCUCCCAAACCCUCUAUCAGCCUCUUACAGAGCCUCAUUCUAUCUUCCACUGCCACCAACAGAACAAUUUUCCAUGAGUUGGAACUUUCCCUUGACCGCUUGGAUGCCAAGACUAAUCUCAUCUUUGACCUUCUGGUGAGGACCUAUUGUGAACUCAAGAAGCCCAAUGAGGCCUUGGAGUGUUUCUACUUGAUGAAGGAAAAGGGUGUUAAGCCCAACAUUGAGACUUGUAAUCAGAUGUUGAGUCUGUUUUUGAGACUGAACAGGACUCAGAUGGCUUGGAUUUUGCAUGCUGAGAUGUUUAAGAUGAAGAUAAAAUGUAGUAUGUACACUUUCAACAUCAUGGUUAAUGUGUUAUGCAAAGAAGGAAAGUUGAAGAAGGAUGCUUUUAGAGUUCGGGAUGAAAUGAUGACUACAGGAUUUGAUCCUACAAUUCUCACUUACAAUGCUCUUAUUCAAGGAUUGUGCAAAAACCGGGAAGGUGAGCAUGCUGAAGAGCUCCUCAAAGAAAUGAUCAAACUUCCAGUUUAUCUGGCUAUGGGAAGGGUGGGCUUAUGUCCUAGACCUCCCAAGUGGGCUCCACAACGUGUCUUUGUCCAAGAGGUUUUGGAGAGGGAAGUUCGCUUGUCAUACUGGCACAAAGUUAAUCAGCUAGACUUUAUUGAAAUGUACAACAACUUGUUUUCUAGACCUCCAAUUAGGACCAUGAAAAAUGACUGCCCCUGA